GUUCGGAUAGGAACAUUCAGUUACACCCAAGUCCGUUGAAUCGAACGUAAAGCAAGAUGCGUCUAAUACUGCUGGUUCUCAUUGGAGUCCUGUUCCUGGCCCAUGCCCUCGCUCUGGAUGAUGCUACCAACAACGAUAAGGUGAUCGAACUCCUGGACGUCGCCGAUCAGGGAGCCAACCAUGCCAACGAUGGAGCCCGAGAGGCUCGAGAGACUGAUGAGGAUUCAGAGACUGAAGAGGACUCAGAGACUGAUGAGGACUCAGAGACUGAAGAGGACCGACAUAUUUUGGUUUUUUUAAAUCACAUUUUAGUCCGAUGACAAACCCACUACUUUCUCCACUUCAAAAGGACACCCUUGGAUGUCGAGGCAUGAAUAAAGAUUAUUGAAGCAUUGCAAAUUA